AUCCAUUACAAGUAGCAAAAUUCUUUGAGUUAUUGCUUCAUAACUAAAUUACAAUGGAAUUCUUCAAUAUCAUUCUCCAAACCCUAAAUCAACAACCAUUACCCAUCACCCUUUUCAUUAGUCUCGUUUCUCUUUUCUUUUUCCUUUCCCUUUUUUCUCGUCUCCGCCCCAAACUCCCGUACCCUCCGGGGCCUCGAGGCCUCCCGUUCAUCGGUAACAUGAUGUUAAUGGACCAACUCACUCACCGUGGUCUUUUCAAAUUAUCCAAGAAAUAUGGUGGCCUUUUCCACAUGAAAAUGGGAUAUCUACACAUGAUUGCGGUUUCCUCCUCGGAUGUCGCCAAACAAGUCCUCCAAGCCCAAGAUAACAUUUUCUCCAACCGGCCGGCUACCAUCGCAAUCUCCUACCUCACUUACGACCGGGCCGACAUGGCUUUCGCCCAUUACGGCCCGUUCUGGCGUCAGAUGCGAAAACUCUGCGUCAUGCGACUCUUCAGCCGCAAACGCGCAGAGUCUUGGGAGUCGGUUAGAGAUGAGGUUGACCGCAUGAUGAGAACGGUAGCAUCCGAGACGGGCUCCGCAGUUAACCUCGGUGAGUUGGUGUUCGUCCUGACCCGGGAUAUCAUUUACCGGGCAGCUUUCGGAACGAGCUCCAACUCGGGUCGGGACGACUUCAUUAAGAUACUACAAGAAUUCUCGAAAUUGUUCGGAGCAUUUAAUAUCGCGGAUUUCAUCCCUUCACUCACAUGGGUCGACCCGCAAAGGCUAAACGAUAGGUUGAAAAAGGCUAGGGCUUCGCUCGACAAGUUUAUUGAUCACAUCAUCGACGAUCAUAUGGCCCGAAAGGAGGACGAACAUGAGUCCGACCCGGAUAUGGUGGAUGACUUGGUAGCGUUUUAUAGCGACGAUGCUAAAACAUCCGAAUCCGAAGAUUUACAAAACUCCAUCAGUCUUACAAGAGAGAACAUUAAGGCCAUCAUAAUGGACGUGAUGUUUGGUGGAACUGAGACGGUUGCGUCGGCCAUAGAGUGGAGUUUGUCGGAGCUGAUGAAAAGCCCGGAAGAUUUAAAAAAGGCACAACAAGAGUUAACCAAUGUAGUCGGGUUGGACCGUCGUGUGACCGAAUCGGACCUCGAAAAACUCACAUUCCUAAAAUGUGUUAUCAAAGAGACUCUCCGUCUCCACCCACCUAUCCCCCUCCUCCUCCACGAGACUGCGGUGGAGACGGAGGUAUCCGGUUACCGGAUCCCCGCCAAGUGUCGGGUCAUGAUCAACGCGUAUGCAAUUGGGCGGGAUCCGAACUCAUGGUCCGACCCGGAUACUUUCCGUCCAUCUCGGUUCCUCGAAGAGAAUGUUCCGGACUUUAAGGGGAAUCAUUUUGAAUUUAUACCAUUCGGGUCGGGUCGGAGGUCUUGCCCGGGAAUGCAGUUGGGACUUUAUGCUCUUGAAAUGGCCGUGGCUAAUCUACUUCAUGGGUUUACUUGGGAAUUACCGGAUGGGAUGAAACCAAGUGAGUUGGAUAUGACCGAUGUAUUCGGGUUGACCGCUCCAAGGGCCACCCGACUCGUUGCGGUCCCAUCCCCACGACUUAUGUGUCCCAUUUAUUGAACCUACAAUUAGUACACCCUUAAGUAUAUGAUCAAGUCGUGAUUAAUAUGAAACUUAAUUAUUAGUUUAUUUUGGAGAGAAAAAAAAUAAUAAUUGAAGGGAUAUCUAAAUUGGAGAAAAUUAUCAUCAAGUCCUUCAAUUUUAUAAUGUCAUGUGAAUAUGCAAAAUUUGUAUUUUUUUUGGGCUUGUUUUACAUGGUGUUGACAUGAUUUGGUAGGA